UUAAAGGAGAGGUUCAAAGAGGCUCUUAAACUAUUAUUGGAAUGUUCCUCCUCUUCCCUCCCUCCUCAGUGUCCCCAGUGUACUGAGCACUGCACUCACUGUAUGAGAGGGUUACUGAAGCAAUCUGUCACUAUUAGUACCAGUUAUACAUUAAUAUCAUUGAAGGAGUAUAAUGGAUAUAUACACUCAGCCAGCAGACAGAUUGUCUGUGAGCAUUUUGAAGGUAUUCUUAAAGUAACGUCAAUUUUAAAGUCCCUCGUUAAAAGGUCUAAUUCAACUCGCAACAAUAGAUCAUCAGUUCUAAUUGAUGCCCAGCAGCUGCCUCAAUCAGAAGAGUUAGCCUCAGCGUUAUACAGCAGUUGUGUACUGAUCAUACAACACAUUUCAAAAUAUAUACAGACCACACUAUCAGAUGGAAAUACACCUGACACUACCAGCAAUAAAGAAAUAAUCUUGCUAAUGAUGUUUGGUUGUAAGUAUGUGAGUCAGAUAAUGGAGGUACUGGGAUCUGAACUAGCUAAAGAGAAGGGGAUACAGAGUUUACUGGACAAACUACAUGACAUGGAGCUAGUGUUACCUGAUUGAUAUAAUGAUUGAUUGGGUCUGUAUGUGUCACUUAGUGUUGUAUGGGACACAUUGUGUCUGUUCAUUUUUGAUUAUUAUUGUUGUUGUUGUUGUUGUUGUUGUUAAUUAGUCUGUAUCAUUUUUGACCGCAUUA